CUGGAUUAUGCCACCAAAGUUAAGGUUACCGCCUCUGCCAUCCAUUGCAAGCAUUCUUAAAAUUUAUAAUGUCCGAGCAAAGAAACAGUUGGCGCAAAAUUUUUUAUUCGAUCCGAGAAUAAUUGGCAGAAUGGUGGAUUGUGCUACGAGUGACCUAACCGGUAAACAUAUAUGUGAAGUCGGACCUGGUCCGGGAGGAAUAACUCGGUCAAUAUUGAACAAAAAUGCAGAGAGUGUUUCUGUGGUUGAAAAAGACUGGAGGUUUAUCCAAAGUUUGCAAAUGUUAGCGAGCACAACGCAAGGACGCAUGAAAAUUCAUCAUGAGGAUAUUUUCGAUUUUGACGAAACGAUUGCGUUUCCCAAAGAAGAAGCGAAACCGUGGACUGAAUCUAAACUACCAGCUUUAUGUUUCAUGGGGAAUCUGCCAUUUAAUGUUUCUUUGCCGCUUCUAUUUAAAUGGUUGAAUUUGAUAUCACAUCAUAGUGGUGUCUAUGAGCUAGGAAGAAUUCCAGCGAUCUUAACAUUUCAACAAGAAGUCGGAGAACGCUUAGUAGCUCUGCCAAAAGAAUCACAAAGAUGUAGACUUUCGAUUACGGCACAAUAUUUAUGUCAUAUUGACUAUUGUCACACAAUUUUUGGGAAAUCUUUUGUACCACCCCCAAAAGUAAAUGUCGCUGUUAUAAGAAUUAUUCCUAAGAAGCAGUUUGAAAUUCAAUUACCUUUUAAAACUGUCGACCAUGUUGUAAAACACAUAUUUCAUUUCAGACAGAAGCGGUGUCGAAAAGGUAUUGCGACACUUUUCCCUCGAAGUCGCAUGGAUUUAGUGGAUGAAAUGAUAAGAAUAUCUGGUGUCAACCCAUUAGAAAGGCCGUUUAAUCUAUACAUGGCACAUUUCAGAGAUUUAUGUUACGCCUAUCAAGAAAUUUGUGACAGAAUUCCUAAUAUUGCUCUCGUAGACACUUAUCAUAAUAAAGAAUGGUUGAAAUAUUUUGAUGAGAGCGGUGAACCUCUUAAUGAUGUUCUUUUACCGAAGUUGCCAGAAAUCGAAGAUAAUUUUAAUUGUAAGAACGUUGAGGCUCUUCAUGAGUUAUCAGAUGAAACUGAACAAAUUUCAUCGCUUGCUUAAUAGAAUCUGUCAAAAAAAGAAGUUCAUCCACUCAUUUCCACAAUCGACACUCCAAUCAAAUAAACCCUCAAAUGGUUCCUAUUCUCCAUCUUUGUAUAGAACCAAUAUGUUGCCAUAAUUUAUUAGGCUGAAUAUAAAUGUGCAAGUCUUAUUAAAGUCAACCAAUAUCUGUUGAACCUUUUAAAAAUAUCCAACAUUUUGCAAUUGCAUACCAUGUCUUUAAAUGCAAUCAUAAGCCAACCAAUUCAGUAUCCAUUUGGCUGUUAUCACAUUGCCCUUUCUCUCUUCUUCUCAUAGAAAA